AUGCAAGCCACAUUAGCCCGACUAAUGCGCAAAACUGUGGAAAAGGGGAUGUCGGGAGGGGAGGGGAGAGCCUGCGUGUGCUGCUUAUCCCCCCGUGCUCCCCUUCUCCGCCCUUGUGCACCCACCCCUCAUCUCCCCUCCGCUCACCUCUCGUCCCCCCCCCCCCCUCGCCCCCUUCCCCCCUCUUCCCCCACCUCGCACCCAGCCCUCAUCACUCCGUCCCCUCUCCUCCCAACCCCCACCCAUCUCCCCUCAUUCCGUCCCCUCCGCUGCUUAUCCACCCGUGCUCCCCUUCUCCGCCCUUGUGCACCCACCCCUCAUCUCCCCUCCGCUCACCUCUCGUCCCCCCCCCCCCCCCUCGCCCCCUUCCCUCCUCUUCCCCCACCUCGCAUCCAGCCCUCAUCACUCCGUCCCCUUUCCUCCCACCCCCCACCCAUCUCCCCUCAUUCCGUCCCCUCCGCUGCUUAUCCACCCGUGCUCCCCUUCUCGACCCUUGUGCACCCACCCCUCAUCUCCCCUUCGCUCACCUCUCGUCCCCCCCUUCACCCUUUUCCCCCCUCUCCCCCCUCAUCCUCCCCCGCCCCCCCCCCCCCCCGCCCUCCUUCCGCUUUCCCCCACUCUCCCCUCAUCUGCCCCAACCCAUUCGCUCCUCAUUCGCAUCCCCCAUCCAUCCCUCACUCCAGGCAUCCCCCAUCCAUCCCUUUCUCCAGGCAACCCCCCACCUUCACCCCUGCUCCCUCCCCCCCCCCCCCCCCCCCCAAUCUCUCAUUCCACCUCCACUCACCCCUCAUCUCCUCACGGCUCUCCUCCAAUUCCCUCCACGCCCCUCUCCUGCUCAAUCCCUCAUCCCCCCCCCCCACCCCCACCACACCCCCCGUCACCUCUGCUGCUACUUGUCUUUGCUCCGUCUCUUUUGGUAAUUGCCUUAGCUAG